AUGGAAAAACCGUUCAAUUGGGUUCUCAAAAACUCCAAGAUAUUUUUGAAUGAUAAUGUUGUCACAGGAAAGUCCAAUUUAGGUGGGUCUGGUCUGUUUAUCCGUGGAGAUACUACUAUUGAUGCUGAUACUAUUCUUUUAAGGAUCCCUCCUCAAUGCGCUAUCAAUAUUCAUACAAUACUAGACUUUUUAGAAGACACAAGCCGCUACACAAGUGCUGAGAGCAUAGUUCGCACUAUAGCCAUCUUCAAGCGUACAAUUAGAAAGUUCCAAGCUGAUACCAUUUUGAUCCAAUUUGUAUCUGAAACAGUAUUGCUGAUAUUCUACUUUUGCACACUUGACAUACUAUGCAAUGAAAAACACGAAAUUCCAAAGUUAUUAAAAGUUUAUGUUAGAGAAGUGCUAUUAGUAACAGAAACUAAUGAUACUGUUGGCAAACCUGACCUUUUCAAAAUGUACUAUAGCCAGUAUUCCACAGUUCACGUGCAAGAGCUGCUUGUAGCUCAUUUAACUAACUUGCUUGUUGGCCAAUUUGGGAGGGAGGCUGUGAAUACAGAGAGAAUAAGACACAUAUAUUCUUCAGUUACAUCAAGAACGCUAGAAAUACCAUGUGAAAUAGAAAGAAGCUGUGAAGACUUUACUAUAAAUACAACAUUGGUACCUAUUUUGGAUUUUUUAAAUCACUCGAUGGAACCAAAUUGUGUAUUUGAUGUUGACAGAGCCAACAAUGAAAUCAUCGUAAGAUCUCUAUCCAGUAUUUCUCACAAAAAUGACACUGAGCUUACCAUAGUAUAUGAUAAUGUUUUUGAAUUGACCAAAUUCUUCUUCACUUAUGGAUUUAUACCUAAACCUUUCAAUAACAGGACCUUUUUCAAUCUUUCCAUUGAUAGAACAUUUGAUCAGGAGAAGACAUUAUUUUAUAAAUGGUUUGAUAUUAACUUUACAGUUCAAUUAGCUUAUAACGAACAAGAAAACUGCUGGUUUAUCAACGAUAUGACAGACACAUUCAAAGAACUAUUAUUACCUUUCAUGAGACAUCCCAAAAAUGUAGUGAGCUCCCGCUGGGAAUAUGAUGAGUAUGCGUUUGAUACUUUAACCUACUUCCAUGCUAGCAAUAAUGGCUUGGAGCCCCACAAUUUGAAUGAGCUUAGGAGAUACUACCAAAUAGUUGUUCGAAUGCAAGAAAAUGGGGCCAAUGAUUAUAUCACUCUCGAACAAGUUGCAUGGUCAUUGUCAUCUAUUGAAAAAUAUGGCAGAAAUAUCAAGAGGAAGGUAACCAAGGAAGAAGCAUUAGACCAUCUGAAUGACAUGACAGCAGAAUAUCACAAUCAUACCCUAAUGUGUUUUCUUGAUUGGUUCUCUGAGUAUAUCAUCUUCAGAAUCAAUGAACUAGAAAGAGCUAUUGAAGACACUGAGUUGAUAUGCUGUGAACUCACAAUACUUAGGGAUCUGUCAAGCAAAGUACAAACAGAAGGGAACAUUUUCAUGAGUGCUAUUAAAAUGAGACGGAAAGUAGCAUUUCCAGGACUCCCACCGCCGCUUUUGCCUGCUGAACUGGAAAGUCCAGACUACCUGGCGGAUCACGAGGUCGGAUAUGACAGGACUGAUACCGAGCUCUGGUCAAUUAUCAAGGAACAUGCUAGAAAAUACAACGAUUUGCUCGAGGACAGGGCCUCAUAUUCUCAUUAA